AUGAAGAUUUUUUCGAUUCUCCAAUUUGCUCUUGCUCUUGCGGGAAAAGCAAGAAAUAACAAAGAAUUGAUCGCUGAUGCCAGUGGAAAAUUGACAAAACUGAAUCAAAGAACACAAAAAAUUUACGUCGAUUACCUCGCCGAUUGGCCAAGAGCGGAUAACUACAUUCAUAAGCUCCACAAGAUGCAGAAAGCUUUGGCCGAAUUCCUCGAAAAAUGCGGCUACGACCCCAUUUCCAUCACGAAAUUCGAAGAAGACUGGAAUGUCGAUCUCAACGGAGACAACAUCAUCGGCAAGGGCCGCCGAAGAAGACGCCGCCGAGACGAGGAUUAUGACUCAACCUCUGGUUCUGGAGAUGAAGGCUUUCGAGAAGCAGUGGAAGUCUUAUCAGACUACUGGGACGAUUUUUUCGACGAGUCCGAAUCAGUCAGGCGCAAUUUGGGAAGCGACUUCGACUUUCUAUUUGGCAAUGAUGUUGGAGGCAUCCAAAGGAGUUUCGCGGAACAUGCUGGAAACAAAAUCAAAAAGCUCUUCAAUGGGUAUAAAAAGUUCACCGCCGUUUAUUUGUCAAAAUGCAAGAAGAUCGAAAACGUCAGCCAGCGAGUAGACAACACUGUAAAGCGACUGAACGGAGCGGUUAGACGAUACGAAGACUGGCUGACUGAAGAAGCGAUCAAGAAAGAGAAAAAGCAGAAAGAGGCUGCGACUCAGGCGAAGAAAAAGGCCAAAAAGAGCAAAAAGUCGAUCAAGAGGCAAUUGAAGCUGAGCAAUUUCUAA